GCGCUUGGGACCGGAGCAGCAGACUCAUUCCUUCUCCUGCCCAUCCAUCUCAACCUCAGUUCGCAGUCUUCGCCACUACGAUGUCCUUCGUCAAUCACGACUACGUCCACCAGCUAUUCAAGUACGUUUCGGCGGGGCUAUUGCUUCCGGUGACGGAAGAGCAAUACCGGGCGCGCGUCUUUCUUCCUGCACACGUUUCCGAAAAGGUGUCCGAGAUCGUCAGGCAUCUGACUGAGGCACAUGCACUGAUUAAGCCUCACUGCGGGGCAUACAAGGACGACCUACACCCUACGAUCGUCCAGCUUGCCGGAGAGGUCCAUGAUCUCCUGCAAAAAAUGACAGAUGGCUUAGAUCAGGCUCCGGAUGAUAUCAAAGGUCAAGCGGAGGAGCACGUCUACCAGAUAUCCAUCCUCUUCGACAGAGCCCAGAAGACCAUGCACAGCCUGGAGUCCUUUCGAGAGCAUAUAGGGGCACAUCGAGUAACGAUACAGGCGCGGUGCGAUGACGCGCGAGAGAUGCGGGAUGCGCAAAAUAGCGUUUUACGCGACGUGGAGGGCGAGCUUCAGGGCAGUCGCAAUGAGUUGGCGAUCAACAUCGCAUUGCAUGAAGAGUACAAAACCAAGGCUAUCCUGGCCGCUUCAUCGGCGGUGAUAUUCCCCAUUGCGGGACCCCUCGCUGGCGGCAUAACAGCGGGUGUAUAUCUGAAGAAGGCGGCCGACACGGCUCAGCGCAUCGCCGAAAUCAAGGAUCGCAUCGAGCGCCUGGUGGCGACUAUCAGUUCGACAAACACCAUCAUAGCCUGUCUGCACGUUAUAGAGGCGGAUCUGGAAAAUAUAAUGACUUUCAGCAGGGGAGCCGCGGAAACCAUCCACAGAACAAUCGCCUUCUGGCAGCGCCUCGCUGUCGAGCUGACGCAGAUCAAGGAGGCCCUGAACAAGAUCGCUGAAGAAUCAAGCCCAGCUAAUUUGUUUGUGGCAAUUCUACGGGCUAACCUCAAGGGUGUCGGGGUUAUUGUUGCCGAGUACAAGGAGGUCGUCCACGAUAUCGACGAUGCACACCAUGAUGCGGUGGAUGCCGUGCUCGCACAGCUCAGCAAUGAGUGAGCCAGUUCUAUUCGGAAGCCCGAUUGUACAACGAAGUGGGAUGCGUCGAACCGAGGCGAAGUCUUGGAAGGUUUGAUACACGGUGUAUACAUAUGCAUCUACAGUAUACUUUGCCAAUCUACCACUGCGCCGUGAAUCCACUAUUGGGAUCCUGCUCGACCGCGUGAUACUGCGUCCUCAGCAUCCUCUCCAUCUCCGCAGGCGCCAACGUCGCCAACACCUCGUCCGCGAUCGCAUCCGCCCUCGUCAGCCCCACCUCGCCCUCCCGUACCGCAACAUCCCUCGCGUCCGUCGCCUCCACCCAGUACAGCUCCUCGACCUUCCGCGUCCACUCCUUGUCGCCCCACCGCGCUUCGCGUGCGUCCUGGCCGUCGCCGUUAAGACCAGCGUCUCCUGCGUUGGCCUCGCUGGCCAACGCCGCGCGCGUGGGCUUGAUCUGCCC